AUGGACAGACUGUUAUGGCGAGCGAUACCUCCUGGCUUCGAUGGCCCAAUCAUUGACGAAUUCCCCGGUGAGCGGAUUGAGGCGGUUUAUCUUGUUAAAGCUUCGAACACCAAGCACUUUCGGCUCCUCUCACAAGCGGAGAUUGACCGGCUCAAACUAGUACACGAAGCAACCACAUCUCCUCGUGAAAUUGGAGAAAAAGGAAUGACACCCACCAUCUUUGGCCAAGCGGUACCCAAAGAUCGAUUUUUUGUCCUCGUAAAGAAACACCGAAAGCACGGGGUGUUCAUACCUGUGACAUCCCGAGAGUUGCAGGGGCUAGAAGGUCUUGAUGAGGCAGAACGAUAUGCUUACAUCGGUUUUCGAAAGGAAGGGGAGGUCUUUGACCGCAAUAAGCUUACUGAAAAAGACCCCCAGUACCUAGCUAAGUGGGAUCCGCUUAUGCUUGCCGAAGGGGACUUAGAUCCCUUCUCGUUUGCGAACCUCUCUUACCCAACGUCAUUGUAUUGGUCCAGCAACCUCCUGCGUGCAGGCUGCCUGACGAACCUCAGCACACAGCGGGUGCUUGAGCUGUUCGAAGAGAUGGACCAGGUCACUCCAGAACAAGAUCUUUCAUCUGAAAUGGAAGAGCUGAAGGAUCAAGAAAAUGCGUUUAUAUUCCAACUUCAUGAGUCCACUGCUAGCGGCGAAGAAGAUCCAGACCGGCCAAAAGGUACUGCAAAUGAGCAAAUCGCCGCGUACAGCGCACGACAUCGUGACGUCGAAUCUGUUUUGAAACCUCUGAAAGAAGUCGAAGAUAAGAUAUUCCAGGCCGUGGACGAUAGCACCAUCAACGCCGCCAAGGCAGAGAACAACGUGCGAAGAAAACGGUUCGAGUACCACAACGCGCUUCAAGCUGGUGACAUAGGUACACUGGCACUAGAGUUGUACCAAAAGGAGAUUGAAGAAGCCAAGAUCGAUCGUGACGAGAAGCAGAAGAUCAAGGAUGAUAUGGUGGCAUUAGCUGAGGAGAUGGAGCGGAAGCCCGAAUUGAGGCCUCGUAUCCCGGCUGGCGCGGAAAUCACGGAGGGGCGGAUGACUAUCAUUAAUGACGCUAUGCGAUCGCUUCAGGACCGUAUGGAUAGCAUUUCUAAGCAGAUGUAA